AUGACAAAAUCUAGAGUCAUCUAUUGGUUCCGUACAGACUUGCGAUUGCAUGAUUCCCCAGCUCUCAAGGCUGCUCUCGACCUCGACCCUGAAGUGCUGUGGCCGAUCUUCACUUGGGAUCCUCACUACGUGUAUCGGGCACGAGGCGGGCUCAACAGAUGGCAAUUUCUCCUCGACUGUCAAAAUGAUCUAUCAGCGUCCAUCACCAAGCUAAACUCCAAGUCCAAGCUAUUCUUGCUGCGUGAAGCCCCUCAGACGGUUUUCCCCAAAAUUUUCAAAGCCUGGGGUGUAACUCAUCUGGUCUUCGAAAAGGACACCGAUGCCUAUCCUCGCGAGAGAGAUGCUGCAGUCAAAGCCGCAGCCAAAACGGCCGGCGUACAAGUCAUUACUUGCUCAGGCCGAACCUUAUGGGACAGCGAUCAGAUUGUCGCAAAGAAUAAUGGCAAGCCCACAAUGUCCACCACGCAGCUUCAAAAUGCAGGUAAGAAGCUAGGCCCCAUUGAUCGGCCCAUUCCUGCGCCAUCAAGUCUGCCCGGCCCGGGCGAGAUGCCGCUCGACUUUGAACACGAGCAGCCGACCGGCAAGCCAGACGCGAAUGCAGAGCGCCGCUCAAAGAAGGACACGGGGUAUCAGAGCAUAGCCGGCCCCAAAGGAGACUUCAGUAUCGAAACCAUGGAGGAGCUGGGGUUUCCUUCUGCGACCACGCCGCACAAGGGCGGGGAGACGCGCGCGCUCAAGCUUCUCGACGGCAUCGCCAAGGACAAGGAGUACACGGCCAUGUUUGAGAAGCCAAAGACGAGCCCUGCGCAGUUUGAGCCCCAGUCAACCACCCUUCUGUCACCCUUUCUCCACUUUGGAGCCCUGUCGAUUCGGGAACUGUACUGGCGAGUACAGGACAUCGUGGACGAGUACGGCAAGGGUGCCUCUUCGCCGCCGGCCAGUCUUACAGGCCAGCUGUUCUUUCGAGACAUGUACUUUGCCGCGCAGGCUGCUAUCGGCCCGGAGUUCACGCAGGCCAUCGGCAACGGCCACUGUAAGUUCAUCCCUUGGCAUCUCCCCUCCAAGGUGGAUCCAAAGACUGGCAUCAGCACCGGCGACUACCACAUCGACUCGCCCGAGGCAGAGCAGUGGUUUCAGCGGUGGAAGGUCGGCAUGACCGGCUUCCCGUGGAUCGACGCCCUGAUGCGGCAGCUCCGGCAAGAAGGCUGGAUCCACCACCUCGGCCGUCACUCCGUCGCCUGCUUCCUCACCCGCGGCGGCUGCUACAUCGACUGGGAGCGCGGCGCCGAGGUCUUCGAGGAGUACCUGCUCGACCACGAGCCCGCCUGCAACGCCGGCAACUGGCAGUGGCUGUCCUGCACCGCCUUCUUCACGCAGUACUUUCGCAUGUACAGCCCCGUCUCGUUCCCGCAGAAGUGGGACAAGAACGGCGACUUCGUCCGGCGCUGGGUGCCGGAGCUCCGCGAUCUGCCGGUCAAGUACAUAUACGAGCCUUGGAAAGCGCCCCUGCUCGACCAGAAGCAGGCCGGCGUGCGCGUCACCGGCGACGGGCUGUCCUCGGGCGACGACGGCGGCGGCAAGGGCAAGCAGAAGACGUACCCCAAGCCCAUGUUUGACUUCAACGAGCGGCGGGAGAUUUGCCUCGCGGCCAUGAAGACGGCCUACCAAGCGAACCUCAUGGGGAACGACGAGCGCGUGACGGAUGGCACCUGGGUGGAGCUGUUCCCGGCUGAAGGUGAGCACGCGGGUGUCCGCGACCUUGACUUUGAGAGCGACGACGGUGUAAAGGCUGACGAAGGCGGCGAGUCGGAUGAUGAAAAUCCGGGAGAAAAGAGGCCGGCCAAGUCGCAGCAGACAUCAGCAAAGAAGCAGAAGACGUGA